AGGAGGAAGAAAGUAGUUAGCAUCUGAUCUGAAACACCACAAUGUGGCAGUACAUGGCACACAUUGAUGAGUGGAAACCAGUGAUCGCAAUGCUGUUCUUUGACCUCAUAUCUGCUGUGACAACAGCCCUGCUCAAGAAGGCGCUAGCAGAGGGGCUUGAUCGCCUUGUGCUCAUCACGCUGCGGCAACUAGUUGCCACAAUCUUCCUUGCACCGAUUGCAUAUUUCAAAGAACGAGGUAAAAGACCUAAGCUCACACUGGAGAUCCUUGUGUACCUCUUCUUCAGUGCAGCACUUGGCGCUGCGCUAUCUCAGUACACAUUCUUCUAUGGGUUGCAGUACACGACCGCAACAUUCGCCAUAACUUUCACCAACAUGUCCCCUGUGAUCACCUUCCUCAUUGCUGCACUCCUAAGGGUGGAGUCACUGAACAUGAAGAACAAGGCAGGAGCUGCAAAGAUCACCGGGACACUCAUGUCGUUCGCCGGCGUCAUGCUGCUUACACUCUACAAGGGUGUGGCCUUGACACACCAAGCAGUGAGCUCAGAUCAGCACCAUGCAGUGAUAGCAGAGCCCAGCAAGAAGAGCUGGACACUGGGCACUGUAGCAUUACUGGCAAACUGCCUUUGCUUCUCCUUCUGGCUUCUGCUGCAGACCAAGCUUACCAAGAAGUACCCAGCACUCUACUCCAGUACUGCAUACAUGUUCUUAAUCAGCUCCCUGCAAGGUGGGGCCCUGACAGCAGCGAUACAAAGGCGAGCAUCAGUGUGGGCUCUCACAAGGACAGUGGAGAUUGUUGCAGUUCUAUAUACGGGAAUUAUGGGGUCUGGAGUAGGCUACGUACUGAUGACAUGGUGUGUCGAAAAGAGAGGUCCCGUGUUCACUUCAGCCUUUAUUCCCAUCAUCCAGAUCAUGGUUGCCAUUAUUGAUUUCUUCUUUCUACAUGAGAACAUCUACCUUGGAAGUGUGGUUGGAUCCAUAUUGAUGAUCCUGGGCCUCUAUAUUCUUCUGUGGGGAAAGAACAGGGAUGCAUCUGCCAAAGAAGCCAAAGAAGAGGAAGAGGACAAGGAGAAGCAAGUCAAAUCAUUAGGACCAAACUAGGGGAUGCACAAUUUGGGUUAAUUGUAGAAUAUGACUUAGUUCAUCCCCCCCUACUACUAGUAGUGUUGGUAUUGUAGUUCCUUUUUUAAAAAUUUGGAAACAUGAUCUAUUCUCCCAAUCACCACAGCUAUGUUUAAUUAUGUAACCUGUCAAUUGGAAAUAACAAGUAUUAAUUUUAUGCUAAUGUAACCCAGUGUAUAUCGGCAAUGUGUUAUUAAAGGAUGAGGUUGUUAGAUAACGGCCACAUAAGUUGCUUGCAUUUCAACACGUCAAAACA